CAAACCGAUGGCAUCAUCAUAACUUGCAAUUAAAUGGAGCCUAAACCCCACCAUUUCGAAAACCCAAAUCCCCUUUACACUUUACCCUUUUAACAAGCAAAUCAGAUCAGAUUGGCCGCUAGGGUUUUGUAGAUCAAUCAACUCCUUUGCAAUCAUAAUCAUGGGGCAACAGUCGUUGAUCUACAGCUUUGUGUCCAGAGGCACCGUGAUUCUUGCUGAGUACACAGAGUUCACCGGCAAUUUCACUUCUAUUGCUUCUCAGUGUCUCCAGAAGCUUCCUACAACGAACAAUAAGUUUACCUACAAUUGCGAUGGUCACACCUUUAAUUAUCUUGUUGAAGAUGGCUUCACAUACUGUGUUGUGGCUGCUGAAUCUGUUGGCAGACAAGUUCCAAUGGCUUUUCUUGAGCGAAUCAAGGAUGACUUUAACAAGAAAUACGGUGGUGGGAAAGCUGCUACAGCUAUAGCCAAUAGUCUGAACAAAGAAUUCGCAUCUAAGCUGAAGGAGCAGAUGCAGUAUUGUGUGGAUCAUCCUGAAGAAAUUAGCAAGCUUUCAAAGGUCAAGGCCCAAGUUUCAGAAGUCAAAGGUGUGAUGAUGGAGAACAUUGAAAAGGUUUUAGAUCGUGGCGAGAAGAUAGAGCUUCUUGUGGAUAAAACUGAAAAUCUUCGUUCUCAGGCACAAGAUUUUAGGACACAAGGCACGCAAAUGAGGAGAAAAAUGUGGCUGCAGAACAUGAAGAUAAAACUUAUAGUUCUUGGAAUCAUCAUCGCCUUGAUUCUCAUCAUAGUUCUAUCGGUCUGUGGCGGCUUCAACUGUGGCAAGUGAAGUACAUACACAUAACCUCUCAUUCUUCUGCUUUCUAGUUUAUUGUUUUUGUUCCUAUUACAGUCUGAUAUUGAAAAGCCUAUGUUGUGAGAAUGUUUGUGUAUUUUGUACCUCUAGACCAUGGAACCGGCUCCAUUGCUCUUUGGUCCAUAUAACUAUUAGUAUAAGUUUUGGUUGAAUCAUUUUUGGGUUUGACCCACAACCCGUGAA